UAACCUUAGCUCUAAAUUUAAUUAAUGAGGAUUAAAUUUAUUAUUGAAAUAUUUAGAGAACUCCCUGAAAACAUUUUUUCUAAGCCAUCCUCCUCUAUCCGAUAGUUCAACCUUAAUGGCAUCCUCCCGCCUACGUUUCGGCCCAGCACUCUCAUUUACAAGUUACACUCCCUCAACUCUCAACCAGUUUCCCUCUAGCCCUGACACAGUUCUGGAUACCGAUCCUCGAGAUAUAGAUCCGACAGACCGCUACUCCUCCACCCGAAGAUGUUGGCCGAAGUCGCGUGAUCCGGAGCUUGUCAUCGUUGUAUUAAUUCCGGUAACACCCUCGGAGGGAGCUGUGUUCGUGACCGGGUGUCGUUUCCUCGCGCCGCGGAGGAUAAUCAGGGCAGUAAAUUUCAUAACAGCAGCUUCAACGUCAAAACAACUCUCUUCUUUAUCGCUUCGCUUCCACUUCUUUCUUCGUCGUUUUGAUCUGCCACUUCAAAGUAGUCGCUUUCAUUUUGACAUCGUUAUGACAGUCACCUCUGGUAUAUUCUUUUCCAUUACCUGAACCAGUUGAACCUAACAGCCAUUUAUAACAAAAAAUUAAAAGCCGUGUUAAAUUUAAAGUUGAAAACUUCUUUUCUAGUCCUUUUUCGAGUAAGUAUGUUGUAUAAAGAAAAUUACAGUUAAAAUUUUAUUUCACGGGAAAUACUUUAAAAAAUAUUUUAUCAAUACUGUUACAGCAGUUUUAGUGUUGUAGGCUACAGAGAAACAGGUUUUUCGCCGCCAUUUUCUUUCAAGUUCAGUUCCACAUUUUGACUCCUUAUUUGCAGAAAUAAUGAUAAUACCUUAUUCACCAAUUGAUUCACCAAACCUAUCUACUCCGCCGGUAUCCUAAACUAAUUUUCUCAAUAUCUUUACCACCAAAAAAUAAGUGUAACAAAAAACCUGAUAUGACCCGCAAUUUCAUGACAAUAACCUAACUAAACUACACAAAAUCCUGAAAUCCCACGCCUUUCCUGACCACAUAAUAAAACAUCUGGUGUGACCACUCACACGACUUUCCUACCUAUUUCAGAAAAGUUUUUAUAUCUUUACAUAUGUUCAUGAAGAAACAAAAAAAAAAAAUUGGAGUAGAUUUAUUUUCCAGAAAACUGAUCAAAGAAAAGAUUU